AUGCCCUGCGUCCGCACCGUCCUCUGCCUCCUGGCGGCUCUGUCUGCCUGUGGCGCCGUCGCCUUCCUCGGCUACUGUGUGUACUUCGACCGGAAGCGGCGUGGAGACCCCGCGUUCAGGCGCCGCCUGCGGGACAAAAGAAGAGCCCAGCACCAGAAGGCAGAGGGACGGGGCGCCCAGUUAUGGGAUCCAGCAAAGAAUGAAAAAUUGCAAGAACUUUUUCUGCAAGAGGUACAAAUGGGAGAACUUUGGUUAUCCAGAGGAGACCAUCGAUUGGGGGUUGAACAUCUCAGCAAUGCCCUUUUAGUGUGUGGACAACCAGAGGAACUUCUGAAGGUUUUCAAACACACACUCCCUCCUAAGGUAUUUGAGAUGCUGUUGCACAAAAUUCCCCUUAUUUGCCAGCAAUUUGAGACAGACAUGAAUGAACAGGAAUACUUGGAGGAUGAUCGUGAUUGAAAAACAUUUCAACGUAUCCACAGUCCAGUCAGCAUACUAUGG